AACUCGAACUACCAGAUAUUCAUCUUAAAUUAGAUAGGUCUGUGGAAUUUGGAUUAAAGUUUGGCGAACUAUUAAUUACUGCAACUGCUCGUAAUAAAAAGACUGGCGACUUUAUAGAUGAUUCCGAUCAUAUGUUUAAUGUUCAAGAAGAGUUUGAAGAAGAAAUUCAAAAAG